AUGGCACAUGAUGCAUCGCAAGAUGGUGAGGAGCUUCAGCGUCGGACGGUGGACGGAUACCUGGUGCGACCUCGUCCAGUAUCACCUUUGGCACGACAGAUUGGCAAGACAGCCGUGUCAGUCAUUGGCGGAGAUCUUCCCGUGACGGUUCAGGAACUAGCCAAGAGGGCUUACUUGUAUACGCUCGAUCCGUUGCGGAAUCCCGUGAAGGAAGUUUUCCACGCUUCAACCUCAGUUCUUGCGAUGCCGCCAAUGCUUGGAAUAUUCAAUGACAUUCCGAGUCAUAAGAUGCGCGAAGACGAGGUAGAAGCAUGGGCCCGUGCUGGAUUUUCCUUCAUCGUGUCCGAUGCUGAGCAUCGGCAAAUCUCAGGUUGGCAGGGCCGGGAGGAGAACGCUAUGAUCGGGAGGGCAGGCAUGCUCCCCGUGCAGCGACUUCACCGCGAGGCGAUCUCACAGCAUGGAGAUGCACUGCAGCUGGGGGCCCGUGCCACCAUGCGCCCUUAUGCUACGACUAUUGCUGAGGCAGAGCAGUACUUCGAAGCGAUAACUUUCCCCCGUGGUCAGCCAGGUAGUGCAUCCAAGGACUCGAGGGGUGGGUACCCGACGAGACUUGGAGACCGCACACUAUGCUUUACCCCGGACAGUCUCCGAGCAUCGGAAAGCGAAACGCAGGGAUGGCUGCAGUUCGAGACGAGCGAAUACAUAUUGGAUGCAUCUCGUUAUGUCGAGGUUGGCAUAAGCUUUGGUGUGCCCAUGUAA